GGGAUGGGACUUGGCCCAGAACCAGCGCUGACUCAGGGCCAAGCUAUGGGAGGGGGAGGGGGGAGAUCGGGGGUGAGUCUGCUGCGUCUUUAUAUUUCCCCACAUGCUCUGCGGUGCCUUGUCACUCUCUUUAUAGGAUGUUGUGUAUGCAAAUCCUAUUCUGCGGAAGAGAAGCGUGUUGGCGCUCGUUAUAAGAAGAUGAUGCCAUUUGGCGGAAUCGCGUCGAAGCUAAAGAUCGAUCGGCUGAAGGCAGACGGGGUGGGGUCACAUGAGCAAGCUGUGAAAUACCUCAAACAGGAUUAUGAGAGCCUGCGGCAGUCUUGUCUGGAGAAUGGAACGCUAUUUGAGGACCAGCACUUCCCCACCAUCACCUCUUCCCUGGGCUUCAAAGAACUGGGACCCGGCUCUAGCAAAGUCCAGGGGGUGCGGUGGAAGCGUCCCGGGGAAAUCGUCGGUGACCCGCAGUUUAUUGUAGGCGGAGCCACCAGGACUGAUAUCUGUCAAGGAGCACUGGGUGACUGUUGGCUCCUGGCCGCUAUCGGUUCCCUGACGCUGAACGAGGACCUCCUGCACAGGGUUGUCCCCCAUGGACAAAGCUUCCAGGACGACUACGCCGGAAUCUUCCACUUCCAGAUCUGGCAGUUUGGUGAAUGGGUGGAUGUGGUGGUGGAUGAUCGCCUGCCGGUGAAGGAUGGAGAGUUGGUCUUCGUACACUCCGCUGAGGGCUCUGAAUUCUGGAGUGCCCUGCUGGAGAAGGCCUAUGCCAAACUGAAUGGCUCUUAUGAGGCUCUGUCGGGUGGCAGUACCACUGAGGGGUUUGAGGAUUUCACAGGUGGUGUAGCCAUCAGUUAUGAUCUGAAGAAAGCCCCUCGAGACCUGGACAAAAUCAUCAGCCGGGCACUGGAGCGAGGGUCCUUAAUUGGCUGCUCCAUCGAUAUCACCAGUUCCUUUGACAUGGAAGCUGUAACCUUUAAGAAGCUGGUGAAGGGGCAUGCGUACUCCGUGACGGGUCUAAAACAGGUCAACUACCGGGGACAGACGGAGAAGCUGAUCCGAAUUCGGAACCCCUGGGGACAGGUGGAGUGGACCGGAGCCUGGAGCGACAACUCCUCCGAGUGGAACGAGGUUGACCCUUCUGAGCGUGAAGACCUCUGCCUGAAGAUGGAGGAUGGAGAGUUCUGGAUGUCUUUCCAGGAAUUCUUGCGCCAAUUCUCUCGGUUGGAGGUCUGUAACCUCACCCCCGAUGCACUCAACAAAGAUGACCUCAGCAAGUGGCACACAACGCUGUACGAUGGCACAUGGCGGAGGGGCAGCACAGCCGGUGGCUGCAGGAACAAUGCAGCCACAUUCUGGAUCAAUCCUCAGUUUAAGGUUACUCUGCUGGAGGAGGACGAUGACCCAGAAGAUAAUGAGUUGGCCUGCAGCUUCCUUGUUGCACUCAUGCAGAAAAACCGCAGGAAAGAGCGGAAGGCCGGAGGAGACAUGCACACAAUUGGCUUUGCCGUGUAUGAGGUGCCAGACGAGUUUAAAGGUUGCCAGAACGUCCACCUCAAGAAGGAUUUCUUUCUCCGUCACCAGUCCUGCGCCCGCUCAGAAACUUUCAUCAACCUGCGAGAAGUCAGCAGCCCCAUCCGCCUGCCCCCCGGAGAGUAUAUCAUUGUCCCAUCAACAUUCGAGCCACACAAAGAAGGCGACUUUGUGAUUCGAAUAUUCACAGAGAAGCAUUCAGACAUCCAGGAGCUCGAUGAGGAAGUCACUGCAGAUAUACCUGACCAGGAAGAGAUCUCAGAAGAUGAAGUGGAUGAUUCCUUCAAGUCUAUGUUUCGGCAGCUGGCGGGAGAUGACAUGGAGAUCAGUGUUUUUGAGCUGAAGACCAUCCUCAACAGAGUGGUGUCCAGACACAAAGACCUGAAGACCGAUGGCUUCAGUACGGAGUCCUGCCGACAGAUGGUCAACCUGAUGGAUAAAGACGGCAGCGGGAAACUAGGUGUUGUGGAGUUUCAGAUACUUUGGAAUAAGAUCCGAAAUUGGCUGACUCUCUUCCGGGAGCACGAUAUGGAUAAAUCUGGGACGAUGAGCUCCUACGAGUUGCGUCUCGCCCUAGAAAAUGCAGGGUACAAGCUGAAUAAUAAGAUCAUGCAGGUGCUGGUGGCCCGUUAUGCUGACAAUGACCUGGGAAUCGACUUUGACAAUUUUGUGUGCUGUCUGCUGAAGCUGGAGGCCAUGUUUAGGUUUUUCAAGGCCAUGGAUGAUGGAAGUGGCAUAGCAGAGAUGGAACUAGGAUCGUGGUUGACGAUGACAAUGUGCGGAUAGACAGACGGACGGCCAUAUUUCCCGCUCCGCCUGGAUACAGACACUCCUGUGUAUUUGCUCUCACUAACCUCCUCUUUUAGGGAACUAAUCACUAGGACUCCACACACAAUUUGCUCUGCACAUCACCACCUGUGGCCAUGCCACAUCUUCCCAGAAGCCUCUGCACACAGGACUUUCUCUGACCACUCAGAACCAGCCAAUCAGAACAGUGAAUGUGACUCUCCGGUGCCUUACAACUCUACCAUGCAAUCACUUGCAGAGGCUGUUUAUCCUUCUUCAUUGGUACCCAGAAACCCGCAUUUUGGGGCUGCAGAGAUAAUGGAGCCCUCCACUGAGCAGACAGAGGCCGCCGCAUGCCCCCAGAUCAUUGGGAGUCCUGUAAAAAACAUAUCAUGUAUCCUAUUGUAUGGCUUUACCAAAUAUAAAGAUUUCACUAUGGAAUUCCUGUUUAAAAAAUAGUUGCUCCAGGGUUUUUCUAAAUAUAGGGCAAGUAUGUGAGUCAAAAGACAUGACUUUGUUAACCAGUGACCACCAUAAUAGCCAGACAGUUGGCAUUUGUUGAAGGUGGUCACCAAUGACAUCCUACAUAGUCCUCUUAGUGGAGUUUUUCUUUAAGGGCCAUCUCAACCAUCUGAAUCUUGACUAUGUAAUGCACCAAAGAUGCAGUGUACACAAAACGCAGAGAUGUGAAAUGGCGCCAAAGUUGGAGUCUGUGAACUGCAAGACUCCUACUAUCUGUGGAAUGGGGGAGGGAAGGUUGUCGGUGACCAUUUCUCUGCUUUUGAAGGGGUCGGCUGUUCAUGAGUUGUCUUCUGUUCUUUCAUUGGGUGGAUUAGCUGGUGUUUUUUGGGGGAAUGGGACUUGCCUAAGUUUUUGGAAAGUUUGGCCGCAUCUGUCCCUCGUGGGGUGCUCCUGUCUAUCUUUGAGGGGUGAGUCGCCCCUCUUUUUUUUGGGGGGCAUUGCUCCUUUUCUCUAUAUUUUGGAGAUCAGCGAGGUGUCUCUGAAUGUGAAUGUUGCUAGACUGCAUGUUAAUAAAGAAAAAAGCCAAUAAAAGGAUUGUAAAGAUUUUC